AUCGCUCAGAGAAAGAAGUACAAAUAUAAACCUGCGGCUCAUUUUAGUCAGCGGGAAGACGAAAGAGUUCCUCUUCUCUCCCAACGACUCAGCAGCGGACAUUGCCAAACACGUGUAUGACAACUGGCCGAUGGACUGGGAGGGAGAGCAGGUCAGCAGUCCUAUCAUCCUGAGGCUGAUCUACCAGGGCCGCUUUCUGCACGGCAACGUAACACUAGGAGCUCUCCCACUGCCCUUGGGGAAGACCACAGUGAUGCAUUUAGUUGCCAGAGAGACUUUGCCUGAGCCAAAUUCCCAAGGUCAGAGGAAUAGAGAGAAGACCGGGGAGAGUAACUGCUGUGUCAUUCUGUAAAUACACACCACCGCCGCCGGCCCUCCAUCCUUCUCAUCCGAUCUCUCCCUCAACAUCCUGGACCUAAUAAGUCUGUCCCCUGUCCUGGAGCCUGUCCACAGUGCGGAUAUGCAUACAGACAAACACGUGCACACCCUUCUCUAUUUCUUUUUACCCCCUUCUCUCUCACACUCACACACAUAUAGAAAGACAGCAGGCUCUGGCUGAUUCAGGACACAGAGUUGAGAGCAGGAAAUUGAUUAACAAUAGAGUUGAUUCCUUUGUUGUACUUGAUUUGUUGUCAUAACUGAAAAUGUGUGGAAGAAACUGGAUUUGCAUGUGUUUUUUCCCCUUUUUUUUCUAAUGCACACCUUUUUAAGCCUUCUGCAACAUACUUGUACACACGCAUACAAGCAAUAGACACACACACUUUGUCUAGCCCCCCUUGGACGGUGUGUCAAAAGACCUUUACUAACUGGCUCCUCAUUCCAGCUGGUUGUCAUAGUAAUGCAGUGCCCAAUUUUGUGUGUUGCCUUGUUUUCUCAUACAGACCGCUGACAAUUUUAACCACUAACAACUCACCAACACACAUACACGCACGCACACACACACACACACUAUGACAUCCUGUAUACACAUCCUACCAUAUGUGCUUGUGUGAUCUCCCUCGGUGCAGCAGACUUAGAUGUGCCUGAUCAGACAACUCAAACCAGGACACACAAACACACAUAUAUAGACACACCGGUGUCCUUUUUACUGCCCUCAUCUGCCCUUAAAGGUCACAAGAGAGAAAUUAUUCCUUUUUGUCUGCAGGGCGCUGUAGAGACCGAUGCAUCCUACUCUUUCACUCGUCAUAUUCUUAGCCAAACAAAGCCUAACAAACAGACAAAUAGACAAACAACCAGUGUUGGUGGUGUUGUUUUGGUUAUUUGUUUGUCCAUGACAUUUGUGACUGUGUUUUGACAGUCCAUGCAUAUUACUGACUGCCCAGUGUUGUAAAAAAAUGAAACGUCAUGUCAGUUACCUUCCCUCCCUGAUGCACCAUCCCCUCUCUCUGUGAGGAAAGGCUCAUUGUGCUUAUUUUCUAACAGUGUUGUGAAGGAUCUCUAUGACAAAUUGCUCUUGAGCAGGGAAAUUAGCUCGGAAUGAAAUUGUUCCUUAUUCGUCUUAAUUCGCUUCUUACUCUUUCCUUGAUUCUCUCUCUCUGCAUUAAUACAGUAAGUCCAUUUUGCACAACGGAAGCAUGUGCUCCUUCAUCAGAUUAAUUAAAAUGUAUACAAAGUUGUAUUGUUUUAUUUUAUAUUUUUCCAAUGGAAGUAAUGUUCCAAACUAAGGUAACGUGUAGAUUAUAUUUAAUAUGAAUCUUAUAUAGAACAUGAUGAAUUUAGAUCUUGUUGAUAUACAGUAUAUUGGUGUUUAGUCCAUGAUUGUGUAUACGGUUAGCUUCUAGCCAGUUCACUGUCACUCGCUGACAAUGUCUUGUGCUUAACAGCAGCAACACCUCCCUAAUCAUCGACGGACUGUAUUUUUAUUUUCUCUUUUAUUAUUUUUUCAUUUGUUUAUAAUUUAAUGUAAUCCUUUUUUUCUUUGAGUUUUUUUGCUUUAAAGAAUCACUUUGUAACAGCACUAGGUCUUAAAAAAAUAUAUUGUUUAUAUUGAUCAGGGUUCAAAUCUGUACAGAGAUAAAAGUUUUCAAACCAAUUGUAAAUAGCACUAAUGCUCCUUCUCCCCCAUUCAAACUUCAAAAUGGAAUACAUCUGUAAACAAAAUAAAGGUUAUUGAAGUGCA